AUGGGAGGGCAAUCUAAAACUGAUAUAUCUCCAUGGGCCCGUGCCGCUUCUGGUGCCACAGGAGCUGUUCUUGCGAACGCCUUGGUCUAUCCGCUUGAUAUUGUCAAGACGAAACUCCAGGUACAGGUCCGUCCAGACAGAGCGUGCUCAACAUCAGCCGCAGACAAUCUGCACUAUAAGUCAACAUGGGACGCAAUUUCCAAAAUCCUGGCAGAGGAAGGUAUCCAAGGACUUUACGCCGGUAUCAACGGAUCAUUAAUUGGCGUCGCAUCCACUAAUUUUGCGUACUUUUACUGGUAUACGGUUGUGAGGGCUUUGUAUGCAAAGUCGAGCAAGAAUCCCAACGCUUCUCCUUCCAUGGCAAUCGAGCUUGCUCUAGGAGCUGCUGCCGGCGCUCUUGCACAGCUUUUCACCAUCCCCGUAGCAGUUGUGACAACUCGGCAACAGACAGCCCGCGGCGACGAGCGCAAGAGUCUUUGGGCGACCGCUUGUGAAGUUGCGGAGGGUCCUGACGGCGUCUCAGGCUUGUGGCGUGGCCUCAAAGCCUCCCUGGUUCUCGUGGUGAACCCUGCAGUAACGUACGGAGCCUAUGAACACCUGAGACGGACGUUUUUUGAGGGAAAAGCAAACUUGCGGCCUCAAGAAGCCUUCUUACUUGGGGCAUUGUCAAAAGCGCUUGCCACGAUUGUAACCCAACCGCUUAUUGUUGCCAAAGUUGGACUACAGUCCAAGCCCCCCCCUGCGAGGCAAGGGAAGCCAUUCAAGAGUUUCAUAGAGGUUAUGGAGUUUAUUGUCGACCAUGAAGGCUUGAUGGGUCUCUUCAAGGGGAUCGGACCUCAAAUUUUCAAAGGGUUUCUUGUACAAGGAAUCCUCAUGAUGACCAAAGAACGCGUGGAGCUGUUGUUCGUUUUCUUCAUCCGCUAUGUUCAAUCGCUUUUGUCAAAGCGAUUGCGCAAAGCAACUCAAAAUUCGUCCCUGUCGCUGAAACGGAUUCCUCUGUAUAACAGUUCGAAGCCGCUGACAACGGCGUGA